CCACCGCAGGCGGUGGGGUUGAGGUGCUGUCAUGGCGGACCCGGCGGCUCCCGGCCGGUUGGAAAGAGACACUGGAAAUCUAGGGGUCCAGGAGGCGGCGGGUCCUGGAGGAGCCCUGGUGGAGCUCACCCCGACCCCAGGCGGCCUGGCUCUUGUGAGCCCCUACCACACCAACAGGGUCGGGGACCCUUUAGACCUCGUGGCGCUCGCCGAGCAGGUACAAAAGGCCGAUGAAUUCAUCCGAGCAAAUGCUACGAACAAGCUGACAGUCAUUGCUGAGCAAAUCCAGCAUUUGCAAGAACAAGCUAGGAAGGUACUGGAAGAUGCUCGCAGAGAUGCUGACUUGCACCACGUGGCCUGCAAUAUGGUGAAAAAACCUGGCAACAUUUACUAUCUGUACCAGCGGGAAAGUGGCCAACAGUACUUUUCCAUCAUUUCUCCAGAGGAAUGGGGAGCAGGCUGUCCCCAUGACUUCCUUGGUGCCUACAAGCUGCAACAUGACUUGUCAUGGACUCCAUAUGAAGACAUUGAGAAGCAAGAUGCUAAAAUUGGCAUGAUGGACAAGCUGCUGAACCAGCCCAUGGCCUUGCCCCCAUGCACUGAACCCACCUUCCAGGGACUGACUCACUGAGUAUGGCUCAGACUAGCAGCCCUUGUGACAAAGGCUUGACCACUACCACCUCCUUGUCCACAUUCUCUUCCAUGGUGUGGGGGGUGGAGGUGGGGUGGGGCUCAUGAGGACUGUGGGUUUUUGGGUGAAUCAUGAACUUCCUAGGAGGAGACCGUGGUGAAUGUAGAUGCUGUGUCUGCUGUCAUUUGGGAUGGUAAGGAAUCGCAGAACUCCUGUGGGAUCUUCGUGGGUUCACUGAUGCCCAGUUACUCUGUUUCAAAGGAUUGGCUAGUGCUUUUCUUCUUCACCUCCAGCUCUUCCUCCCUUAAGUCAAAACACUGGAGAAGGAAGAGCCUUCUGCCCACAGCAAGUUGAUGGGUCAUUUUCCAAGAGGAACCGUUUUCCUCUCUCGUGUCAGGUUGGUGUUGAAGCGGUCUUCAUAGGUCCCGUGCCAAUUUGAGGUUGAUUCAGGAAUUCCAGUGUUGCCUACAGAGGAUUAAAAGAAACAACAGACAAAAGCUUGGCAUGGCUGGGUGAGAGUGUUGAUUGUAGAGUUUUGCUCCUGAGAGUGUCCCUCUGGUUUGCCCUUCUGCCCUUCCUUCCUAGUAAGAGUGACUGGAGACUGAGGCAGCAGCCAAAGCCGGGCGUGUUUGGGCAGCCCUCCUAACCCUGCAGAAGUUGAGAACUGGAAGAGGUACAGAAGGCUGCUGCCAAUGUGUGAGUCCACUCUGAAGCCCCCUUAGGACAGCCUGAGCUCAGCACCACACACAGCAGGACAGACCAAAGCAUGGCAUUCUAAAGACACAGCCGGGAAGGGCUGGGGAGAGGGUCAGCAGUUGAGGGCGCUGCUCUGCCAGGGGGCCUGAGCUCCAGUCCUAGACCCAUUUCAGGCAGCUCACACCCGCCUGUGACGCCAGCUCCAGGAGACCUCACACACUUCUGGUUUCCAUGAGCCACGCACACCUAGAUAUACACAUACAUACACUUCAAAGUCAAGAAGAGUCAGUGCGGAAGAGAGCAGAGCAGUGCGGAUGCAAACCAAGGAAAUGACCGGCCUGUCCACAGGCUGUGAGUUGACUGGGAUUGUUUAUUUAUAGGAUCUCUGUAGCUCAGGUUAGCUUGCAACUGACUAGCACAGGCUGGCCUUAGUCAAUGUGAUAAUCCUGCCUCAGGAUCCCUAGUGAGCUGAGCUGUCACACAUAACACAUUAGCUCUGAUUGAAACUCAUCUUUAUUGCUUACUGAAUAAGUCAUGAACUGAAGAGAGACCAGGGAUGUAGCUCAGUGUUAGCGUGUUUACAUGGCAUGCAUGGCCGUAUUUACAGAACAUACGUGAGGCUCUGGUUCCAUCUCCACUACUGCAGACAAAGCAGUACUGAACAGGGCCUUUUGUGGCCAAAACUCUCAUGACUUUGAGUGAGCAUUUUUGGACUCUACUGCAUUUCUUAUUUGUUUAGCUGAGUUAGUUAAAUUUAUAGCAUAUUCAGAGUGACUGCUUUGUUGCCGUGUAGAUAUUGUAAUAUGUGCUAAAGAACAUAAGGAAUAUGUAUUUAAGACCACCAACCCAACUUUGAGUAUGCACAGUGUCCUGGUGUUCAUGGCCUCCCUUAUGAACAGUGUACUUUAUACCUAGAAACGGUCCAUGCACAAGAAGAAACUGAGAUCUGACAAGGAACAUGGCCAAUACUUGGUCAUUCAGUUCAAACAGAAAUGUCUUGUGUGAGCUGCAGAAAGCCUCUCGAUAGGAAGCUGCAGAGCUGGAAGGCAGACGUUACUGGGGUAUUAGUUGAUCCUGACUCCAGAACAUUGCCCAGAUCGUCAAGAGGUUCUGACCUGUGUGGUAGUGGGGGGUUUUGAGUAGUACAUAGUUAGUAAGGAGGGUAACAAGUUGCCACAGGGUUAGUGGUUUAAAGGGACACUCAUCUGUUCAUGGUCUCACUGGGUCUUCAGCCUCAGGAUUUCUUUGGUACUGCAAGGCUGCAGUCAGGGUUUUGGCUAGGCCUGGGUUCUUGGGGGCCUUCCUAUCUGCUUCCAAGCUCACUUGAUUUUGGCAGAAUUUUGGUUCCUUGGAGAUUGCCAGACCACCUGCUGAUGAUUAGGUAGAGGUCACCCUCAGCUUCUUACCCAGGAGUCCCUGCAAAUGCAGGAAUGCUCUGCAUCAGAGAGAAAGGAUGGGAGCUCAUGAGCACAAUGCAAGUUCCAACCUGUGUAGCCCCACCACAGAAUGACGUCAUCUUGCUGUACUUUCUUUAAUUUAAGGGAAAACUUUAUACAAGAGCGUAAAGAUCAGUGUUGAGACAGAAAAUGUAACCAAUUUUGGGUAAAAGGCAAAAGGUGAUUGUGAUUAGAUGGUGUUGAUACCACAGAUCUGGACUUGACAUUCACCAUUGGCAAAAUAACUUCUGGCUACAUCCCA